AUGAAAAUAAAACAAUUGACGCUCAAGGCAAUGCGCGGCAGUUACCUUGUGAGAGAGUUACACAGCACCUGCUAUCGCUCGCUCCAUAACCAUCCCAUCAACAAGAGGAUCGAAAGCACAACAAAAACUCCAACUCCGUCAAAGGGAACAUUGACCAAAAGGCGCAAUGACAAGAACAAGAAGUCAGCUACCUCAGACUUGGACAUUGUGGAAUCGAAUAUGGCCAUCACCAGACACAUGCGCAGCGGCCGGUGUGAGUCUGCUCUCCGCAUCUUCAACGCCAUGCCACGCCGGACCUCGGUCUCCUACAACACCAUGAUGUCUGGGUUCUUGUCGAAUGGCAAGUUUGAUCUUGCGAGAGAUCUGUUUGAGAAAAUGCCUGAGAGAGACUUGGUUUCUUGGAAUGUGAUGCUUAGUGGGUAUGUGAGGAAUCGGAAUCUUAGCGAUGCUCGUGCUUUGUUUGAUCGGAUGCCCGAAAGGGAUGUUGUUUCGUGGAAUGCUAUGUUGUCUGGGUAUGCCCAGAAUGGGUAUGUCGAUGAGGCAAGGAAAAUUUUUUAUAUGAUCCCGGAUAAGAAUGAGAUAUCAUGGAAUGGGUUACUUUCGGCGUAUGUGCAGAAUGGGAGGAUAAGCGAGGCUGGUAUGUUGUUCGAGUCAAAAUUGGAUUGGGAAUUGGUGUCUUGGAAUUGUUUGAUGAGUGGGUAUGUAAAGAGGAAGAGAUUGAUUGAUGCUAGACGACUUUUUGAUCGGAUGCCUAUAAGAGAUGAGAUUUCGUGGAAUACUAUUAUUACAGGUUAUGCCCAGAAUGGGGAGUUGUCUGAAGCUAGUAGAUUGUUUGAGGAGUCUCCAAUUAGGGAUGUGUUUACGUGGACAGCUAUGGUGUCUGGGUAUGUACAGAAUGGGAUGUUGGAUGAAGCAAGAAGACUUUUUGAUGAGAUGCCAGAGAAAAAUGAGGUUUCAUGGAAUGCAAUGAUUGCGGGAUAUGUGCAGUGCAAGAGAAUGGACAUGGCAAGGGAAUUGUUUGAGGCGAUGCCUUGUCGGAACAUAUGUUCUUGGAAUACAAUGAUUACUGGCUAUGCUCAGAGUGAGAAUAUUCCUCAAGCUAGGAAUUUGUUUGAUAGGAUGCCUCAUCGUGACUGUAUUUCUUGGGCAGCAAUUAUUGCUGGUUAUGCUCAAAUUGGUCAUGGCGAGGAGGCUUUGCAUCUAUUUGUUAAGAUGAAAAGGGAUGGGGGGAAAAUAAAUAGGUCUGCACUUACCUGUUCUUUGAGUGCAUGUGCUGAUAUUGCUGCUCUGGACUUGGGGAAGCAGUUGCAUGGGCGGGUGGUUAAGGCAGGAUAUGAGACUGGUUGUUAUGUGGGGAAUGCUCUUCUGGCAAUGUAUUGUAAAUGUGGAAGCAUAGAUGAAGCAUAUGAUAUAUUUGAUGAUAUAGCAGAAAAGGAUGUUGUGUCAUGGAACACAAUGAUUGCAGGAUAUGCGAGACAUGGAUUUGGCAAGGAGGCAUUGAUGGUUUUUGAGUCAAUGAAGAGAGCGGGUAUCAAACCAGACAGUGUCACUAUGGUUGGUGUAUUGUCUGCUUGUAGUCAUACUGGCUUGGUAGAAAAGGGCACAGAGUAUUUUUAUUCAAUGGAUCGGGAUUAUGGAAUAACAGCAAACUCAAAACACUAUACAUGUAUGAUUGAUCUUCUUGGUCGAGCUGGGCGUCUGGACGAGGCCCAGAAUUUAAUGAGAAAUAUGCCUUUCGAACCAGAUGCUGCUACAUGGGGUGCUCUACUUGGAGCAAGCAGGAUUCAUGGCCAUACUGAAUUAGGUGAAAAGGCUGCUAAGAUUAUUUUUGAGAUGGAACCUGAUAAUUCAGGAAUGUAUGUUCUUCUCUCAAAUAUGUAUGCAGCUUCAGGUAGAUGGGGCGAUGUUAGCAAGAUGAGAUUGAAAAUGAGAGAUAGCCAUGUUAGGAAAGUACCUGGGUAUAGUUGGCUUGAAGCACAGAAUAAGAUUCAUACAUUUUCAGCUGGGGACCACUUCCACCCAGACAAGGAUAGAAUAUAUGCCUUUUUAGAGGAGUUGAAUUUGAAAAUGAAGCUGGACGGGUAUGUUUCUUCUACAAAUAUGGUUCUACAUGACGUGGAAGAGGAGGAGAAGGAACAUAUGCUGAAGUAUCACAGCGAGAAAUUAGCCGUGGCAUUUGGAAUUCUUUCUAUACCCGCUGGGAGACCAAUCCGUGUGAUGAAGAACUUGCGGAUAUGUGAAGACUGUCACAAUGCCAUCAAACACAUAUCCAAGAUUGAGGGAAGGUUGAUAAUCUUGAGGGAUUCUCAUCGCUUUCACCACUUCAGUGGUGGUUCGUGUUCGUGUGGAGAUUACUGGUGAGAUAGAAGUGAUUUAUAAGAUGGAAAAGCUCCAUUGGGGCAUUGCAACUCUAUGCCCUGAACUUGGUAAACCCUGCAGAUUGGUAAACUAUUAUAUUCAAUUUGUGAAGCUGGACGAGUAUGUUUCUUUACAAAAUUGGUUCUAUAUGAUGUGGAAGAGGAGAAGGAACAUGUGCUGCAAUAUCCAGCAAGAAAUUAGCCUUGGAUGAGUUCCUCAAAAAAAAAAAAAAAAAAAUAUUCAUUCGAUACAAGCUGAGAGACCAAUCAGCAUGAUGAAAAACUUGCAGGUGUGUGGAGACUGUCACAAGGCCAUCAAACACAUAUCCAAGAUUGAGGGAAGUUUGAUAGUCUUGAGAGAUUCUCAUCGGUUUCACUACUUUAGUGGUGGUCCAUGUUCACGUGGAGAUUGGGUUGCAGGAGAAUAAUAAUAAUAAAGUUGAUUUAUUAUUUAUACUUCAGUUUUUCUUUUUUAAUAAGGAUUGGGGAUUGAAAAGGAAAUUCAGGAAGAGGGAACAUAACAAAGAGGAAAGAGAAAGUCCCUAAUUACUUAUUUCUCUGUUUGCUUAUUUGGGGGCAAUUAGAGACUUUCUUUUCCCUAUUUAUUAUUUUUUUUCUUUCUGAAUUUUCUUUUCAAUCUUCAAUUUUUAGUUUCUGAAACUAUUAUACGCUGUCAGAACAAUCUUAGUUCUACCCAAUUUCAGAUUGCUGAUCAACUUUAGUGACUAAAUGCUGGUUUGCAAAGUGAAGAAACUUUUUCUUUGUACUUGGGCUUCUGGUUUCUUCUCUUCAACAAACAUUUUGAGGCAAUAAUAAUA